UCAGUCGUGAGUCGAGUUGGCCAUCGGUAAUACAUUUGUGUAGGCAGCGUUUUCUCCACGUUUAUGGUCCUCCCUUUAUUUAGUAAUUAGUGUGGGGCACCAAGAAAGGAAAAGCAUCCCGUGGUUUUGGAGAUUGUAACAAAACAUAUGGUAAGAAAAUUAGUUGAACAACCUUUAUCAAGCUUUAAGGAUGGCCAACACAAAAUAUGGAAUAUACAAAGAUAUGGAUAAGUACAAGGAUGUAGAUGCUGAAGAAAUUUUGAAGACUUUGACUGAAGAGGAACUUGAGCAACUUGCUGAAGAACUGGAUCCUGAUAAUGAGUCCCUACCAGCUUCAGACAGACAGAAGGAGCACACAAAGAAACAACCUACUGGUCCAUUUGACAGACAACAUCUGGUAGAAUUCCUUGAGAAAAAAGCGAAGGAGGAAAAAGACUGGGAUGAUAAAGUUCCCUAUAAAGCUGGGGAAAAAAGAGGUAAAGUUUAUGCUGCAAAAACUCAAGAAAGUGCAAAGAAUGUAGACUUGAACAUCAAACUAGAUGCUGACUGGGAACAUGCUUUAGAAGAAGCAUCUGAAGAAGACUUGGUUGAUUUAGCAGGUAUUCUUGGUCUUCAUGGCAUGCUAAAUCAAGAGCAGUUUGAAGCUGCACAAAGGAACGAGAAGCUUCUGGAUGACCAGGGUGGAUUUCAAGGAAUUGCUAAGUUCAGUUUACCUAAAUCGGCACCAGAAGAUCAAAAGAAUGACACGGAUGUUGCAGCUUCCAUUAAACUUCUCCAAGGCAAUGAUGCUUCUCUCAAGGCUCUCAAUCUCAACAACAUUCUAAAUAUGUCCCUUGAGCAACUGAAGAACAUAUGUGGAACUCUGGAAGUGAACACACAGCUAAGGGAAUUAUUAAUGGCAAACACACGCCUUAACGAUCAAGUUGCAAAGGUGCUAGGAGAAGCUUUGAAAAAGAACAAGACAUUGACAUCCUUGAAUGUAGAAUCCAACUUCAUCACGCAGGUUGGUGUAAAUGCUAUCAUGCAGGCCAUGAGGAAUAAUACUACUUUGACUGAGCUUAGGAUAGCUAAUCAGAAUUGCCAAAUGGGUCAAAAAUUGGAGCGUGAAAUAGCAGACAUACUUGAAGCAAACACAACUCUCCUGAAGUUUGGUUUUGCCUUUGAGCAUGCUGGACCAAGAGUACAGGCUCAUGAUGCUAUUUUGAGGAAUAUAGAGACAGUGCGAAAAGGACGUGUCAAUAGCAGCAAGUGAGCCGAUGGGAACAGUUUUGGGGACUUCAAGAGUCGGCAAGUUGGAUGGAAUAGAAAUUUCUUUGUGUUAGAAAGUGUUGUUUAUUUAGUGUAGGUUGCAGUGCACUUAAUACUCAAAAUAUGUACAAUCAUUUCUAUCAAGGCUUUUAUAACGAAACUGAUAGUUAAUGAUGAAAAAACAUUGUAUUGACUACUCUUGUUGAAACCUCUUGCAGUGUUUACACUCUAAGGAGCGACCAAAUUUACAUCAGAUUUGGUGUGCAUGACUUGUUGCAAAGUAUGUACCUCACUAUGAAAGGCAGCAGCAAUAGCUUUCAUUAAAUGUUAUUAUGUAAAUACCUCAUAAUGAAGGCACACUAGCUUGUGUCAUUACUUAUUACAUAUAAUAUACAUGUAUACAUGUAGACAUAAUGUAUGCUUCUCAUAAUUAAGGUAAGUGUAGAUGCACUGUUUAGUGUUUACGAAGUACUUAUCCAGUAAGCUACAUGUAUACAUUGAAGUGAAUGAAAACUUACCCAUUUCUGUUUUCAAAAUUUUCUCAGCCUGUUUAAUUAUGUACACAUUUAGGACUGAAAUUUUUCAUAAUUAGUAUGAUAAAGAUAUAAAAAUUAUGCUUUUCUUUGUAACCAUUGCCACUUAAAUUUUAGGACUUUAAUUGUUCGUAUUCUAUGACCCUUGAAGAAUGCAAUGUGGCUGCGUAUACAUCUAGAGCCCUUUGCACACGAGAGCCGAAGACCAACGUCCCUUGUUUGUGGGCACCAGUUGUCUGUCUUAAAGGUUGUUUGCGAUUUCAUGACCAACAUUCACACGAUCACGCACAUUGCGUUCCCGACUACCCUUGUUUAUGUGAGAUCGCACUGUGGUGUUGUUUAUCAGUUAGCUGGUGCUCUGUCAGUGUCCGUUUAGUGUCAUGUAUUUGCUUUAGGUUACCAUCGAUCUUGGCGCACCAAUGACAAUGUGUUUUCCAGGCAUAACAAUCUUCCGGAUUUUUCACUUCAAAAAUAUGUGGUCUCCAAGUUCAAAAUUAAAAAUCGGGGGAUGAGCGAACGGGUUUGCGUACACACCAUUAUUAUUGCAUGCAUUAAAAGACGUUCAGAGUGUUUCUCGAACGGAUUCAUCCAUUGUUAGAUGUUGACAUCGCCAGAACCUGCAUGUGUGGAGAAUUUGCAGCGAAGUACAUGUACUUUACAUGUUGCAGCGAUUGAUCACAACCAAAUUCUCACUACAUUCCGUAGUAGAGUAAGGAACAGUCCUACUUGUGUUUUGUAUGAGCAGUGCGCGCGAUGUGUAUGCUUUAGUUGAACAUAAAAAGGACUGACUGUCAAGUCUAUUUACAGAUUUUUCCCCCCGUUUUUUGGUGCGGCAAUCAAAAUGACACUCGGUGUCGUCAUUACGUGUUUUGCAACGUGAAGCCGCUGGGAUGUCAAGGAAAUUGUCAAAACGAUAACAACUAUACGAUUUCUCAGCGUCCCGACUCCAAAGAUAAAUGUAUCCGAAAGCAUUUUGUAUGAAAUUGGAAUCGGAAAAGCCAGAUUCAAGUCCUCCUUGAUCGGAUAGCUUCUUGGUCAUAGAAAAAAUUUUGUUUGAGCAAAGAGAAAGGACAACAGUUGGCAUUUCUCUAUGGUUUGAGGAAAGCAAUACAAUAAACUAAUUCGCAAUUUGUGCCGCCGACACCAUUUUGUUGGAUACCUGGAAUAGACGACCUUUCUCCAUGAGGUAAUGACGUGUUUACUGCUUGAAACUUUGUGCAUAAAGAAAGGAAACCCCAAUGGUUUGUGCAUGCAUGGUCGUUGUGCGAUCACCAGGGACCUUGGUAAUCUACUGUGUGCCGUUUCACACAAGUGAUCUCGGCAAUUCUAAACAGGGUUGCGAUUUUUGGAGGUCUCGAGCUCGAUUGUACACGCCGUGGUGAUUUCUUCGCAGGGCUAAGGAUUCAUUUCACACGACACUCGUUUGUGAUUAUAUAAUGGGAAUGUGAUUUCGCUCCCAACGACCAUAGUU